AUGGGGACCGAGCGCAAGCGUAAGAUCAGCCUCUUUGACGUUCCGCCGGAGACUAGCCGUCAGAAGGUGGACGGAUUAGCGGACGCGACGGCGGCGGCGGCUGUAAUCGCCGCUGCAACGGCGGAGGUGAACCCGUAUAACGGCCGGCCGUACACACAGCGGUAUUUCGACAUUCUCGAGAAGCGGAAGACACUGCCGGUGUGGCAGCAGAAGCAGGAGUUAGUGGAGCUGCUGAAGAAAGAGCAGGUUAUCCUGCUCGUGGGAGAGACGGGUAGCGGGAAGUCUACUCAGAUCCCGCAAUUCGUGGUGGAGUGUCUGAACGCGACGCCCAAGAAGCAGGUGGCGUGCACGCAGCCGCGGCGGGUGGCGGCGGUGUCGGUGGCGCGGCGAGUGGCGGACGAGAUGGACGUGACCAUCGGCGAGGAGGUGGGCUACUCCAUCCGAUUCGAGGACUGCAGCGGGCCCAACACCCGCCUUAAGCUUUUGAGGGAGGCCAUGGCAGACCCCCUGCUGGAGCGGUACAAGGCAAUCAUUCUGGACGAGGUGCAUGAGCGCACGCUAGCAACGGACGUGCUGCUUGGGCUGCUCAAGGCCGUGCUGGAGCACCGGAGGGACCUCAAGCUCGUGGUGAUGAGCGCCACUCUCGAGGCCGACAAGUUCCAAGGCUACUUCCACGGUUCACCCCUCAUGAAGGUCCCCGGCAGGCUGCACCCCGUCGAGAUCUUCUACACGCAGGUGGGCUGGGGAGGGGAGGGGGGAGGAGGUGCGAGAGGGAGGGGUGCGUAUGGGGAGAGAUGUGGUGAAAUCCCCCUCAUCCCACUCACUGAUUCGUUCCAACUCACACUCCGCUCCUCUCUCACCCGCUCCCUCCCCUCCCCUAUCCCUUCACAGGAGCCGGAGCGGGACUAUCUGGAGGCGGCCAUUCGCACGGUGCUGCAGAUUCACAUGUGUGAGCCGCCGGGGGACAUUCUCGUGUUCCUCACGGGGGAGGAGGAGAUCGAGGACGCGUGCAAGGAGAUAUCCCGUGAGAUUCGAAAUAUGGGGGACCACGCUGGCCCGGUGAAUGUCGUCCCGCUCUACUCCACUCUGCCGCCCGCCAUGCAGCAGAAAAUCUUCGACGCCGGCCCGCCGUUUGUGAAAGAGGGCGGCCCACCUGGGCGGAAAGUCGUGGUUUCAACAGACGUGAGGCAGGCGGACGAGGCCAAGGCGCGCUUCUCCCAUGAGGAGGGCGACCACCUCACGCUGCUCAACAAUAAUUUCUUGCACGAGUGGGUAUUGAGAAUGGCGGACAACGUGCGGAAGCAGCUGGUGUGCAUCAUGCUGAGCUACGGGCUCCACAUUUGCUCCACAGAGUUUGCUUGUGCCUACUACCCCAACAUCCGCAAGGCGCUGCUCGCUGGAUUCUUCAUGCAGGUGGCACAUUUGGAGAGUGGGGGUCACUAUAUGACAGUCAAAGAGAAUCAGAUCGUGCACCUACACCCAUCCACGGGGCUGUCCCACAAGCCAGAGUGGGUGAUCUACAACGAGUGUGUGCUCACCGCCCGGAACUUCAUCCGCGUUGUCACUGUCGUCAAGGCCGACUG